AUGACUCUGGAGUCCAUGAUGGCGUGUUGCCUGAGCGAGGAGGCGAAGGAGUCCAAACGAAUCAAUGCAGAAAUUGACAAACAGCUACGGCGGGACAAGAGGGAUUCCAGGCGGGAGCUCAAAUUACUGCUGCUCGGUGGUGACAUCAGCCCCGGAAGUGGGCUCACAUUAGUCCAGCGCAGCGUGAGGAGUGCCCUGUGCCCUGUGCAGUGGAUGAUUUACAGAGCAGUAUGA